AUGUGCAAGAGUUGGGGCAACUCGUAUCAGCCCGAGAAAAGAGAGAGCGUGUAUCAAAUUCCCGGAAUGGAGAGUAAGAACCGCCCCUUGAAGACUCUCGAUGAGCCGCAGACUUAUGAAGCUGAUGCCAAAACAUUUGCUCGUCAUAAUAUUCUCUGCGAACAAAAUGGUGUCUGGAAACUUCCUGAAGGUGUUCCACAGACUUUGAUGGAAUGCUUCCAACAGGGUCUCAAAGCUGCUGGAGAAGACGGUGUUUGCUGCGGAACUCCAAACGCUGAAGGAAAGUACGAGACUCAAACCUACGGCGAGCUGAAGACCAUUGCUCAGCGACUUGGAAACGCCUUCAACAAGCUCGGACUUAUCAAUGGCAAGAGCAAGAUCGCUAUCUUCUCUGCUAACUGUUUCGAGUAUGACGCCAUUAUUAUUGGUGGCUACUUUCAGAAUCUCUGCAAUGUCUCACUCUACGAUACUCUUGGUGAGGAAGCCGUCAAGUUCAUUCUUGAACAGACCGAAGCCCCAAUCUGCUUCAUUCAAGACCAGAAAAAGCUCGAUUUGAUUUUGAAGGUCAAGCCUGAGCACCUGAAGACCAUCGUUAUGCUCAGAGAGUACAAAACCGACAACACCGAUGUCAAUAUUGUCAGCUUCUCCGAUUUUGUCGGCACUGGAGAUAGCGACGAUUCCAAGAAUGUUCUCCCUACCUCAUCUGACAUGGCCACAAUUAACUACACUUCUGGAACAACCGGCAAUCCCAAAGGUGUCGUGCUUACCCACAAGAACAUCUGUACUGUCGCCAACGGCAUCACCAUCUUUUCCGUUCCCGAGCCUUGGAACACCAACGACGUCUGGUAUUCCUACCUUCCAAUGGCCCACAUCUUCGAGCGAGCUGUCCACUGCGUCCUCAUGAGUGUUGGUGGCCAGUGGUGGUUCAGUUCCGGGGACAUCAAGAAACUCCUCGAUGAGCUCGCUGUUGUCCGACCUACCAUCUUCGGCUCUGUUCCUCGAGUCAUGAACCGACUCUACGACAAGAUUCAGGCAACUAUGGCUGAGAGCAAACUCAAGGGCUGGCUUCUUGGUGCCGCUACUGCUUCCAAGCGAGGUAGACUCGACAAGGGCCAGGUCACCAAGGAUACUCUGUGGGACAAGCUCGUCCUCAAAAAGGUCCAGAAUCUUCUCGGCGGGCGAAUCCACACUUGGGUCUCUGGAGCUGCUCCUUUGAAUCCUAAAGUCAGAGGUUUCAUCAGAGAAAUCUUCAGUUGCUACGUUAUUGAAGCCUACGGUCAAACUGAAAAUGUCGGCUGCGGAACCGGAACUUCCUUCGUCAAUUACCAAAAAGAAGACGGAUGCGUUGGACCUCCCCAGCCAUGGAACGAGAUCAAGCUUGCUGAUGUCCCAGAUAUGGAAUAUUUCGGAAAAGACGGCAAAGGAGAGAUCUGUUUCCGAGGAGACAACGUCAUGCAAGGGUACUACAACGAUCCUGAAAAGACUGCCGAAACCAUCGAUGAAGACGGUUGGCUUCAUACCGGAGAUAUCGGACAGUGGAUGGAAAACGGAACUAUCAAAAUCAUUGACCGAAAGAAACACAUUUACAAAACCGCCUUGGGAGAGUACAUCGCCCCGGAAAAGAUUGAAGGUGUUUAUGGAAAACAUCCACAUAUCGCUCAAAUGUUCCUUUGGGGAUCUUCUCUUCAGGCCACCAACGUCGCGAUCAUCGUUCCAGAUGAGGAGAAAUUUAUGAAGGAAUAUGGAAAGUGCCGAACAUUCCAAGAAGCCUGCGCCGAUCCCGAUACUGCCGCUAAUUUCCUCAGUGCUAUCAAUAAAUUCGCCCGCGAAGAUGGAGUCAAAGGAUAUGAAGUCCCAAAAGCCAUUUACCUCGAACACGAGCUUUUCUCUAUUGAAAAUGAGCUGCUCACUCCUACCCAAAAAGCCAAACGACCAGCAAUCCAAAAGAAAUACAUGUCGAUUAUGGAGAAACUCUAUGAAGAACUGAAUAACUAA